CGCGUGAACAGCGCGCGCUACAGUGAUGUUUCCUCGCGCGGACCCGCUUCACCUGUUUGUCUGAGAUUAUCUCCGGGAGUCCAGAGCUGGAAACACAACAGGCAUCAUGAACAACGAAGAGUUCCCUUCUGUACCGAUCACAGACCAGCAAAUGAACAUUGUCAGUAUCAAAGCCAUAGAAGAUAUUGGUUUUGAUCUUCAAGAUUCUAUACUCCUGAAGUCUCUCACUCCUGAGGAGAACACUCAAUGCCGGCAGGGUCUGUUCUUCCAGGACGGCCGGAGACGGGUGGACUACAUCCUCACCUACCACAUCAAGAAGAGCAGCCGCGCCGGGGGGUCCCGCCUCCGAGACAACGCCUUCACACGCACCCUGAGACGGGGCCGGCCCGCCCCUGCAGCCGACCCCGAGCGGGGCCCCGACCCCAGCGCAGAGCACCACGAGCACCAGGACCGGGACAAGGCCCUGCGCCGGGCCGAGUUCGAGAACAGCCUGCUGGAGAUGGGGCUGGAGCUGGAGCGAGACGAGGAGACCAAGACACCUGGAGUGGGCUUUGUGAAGAUUCAUGCUCCUUGGAACGUGCUCUGUCGCGAGGCUGAGUUCAUGAAACUGAAGAUGCCCACUAAAAAAGUGUAUGAAGUCAAACACAGAAGCGGCGUAAUGGAAAAGAUCAACGCGUUCAUCAGCAAACUUACAGAUCCUCUUCAUCCCAACCUAGAAGAGAACCGCACGCAGAAAGUGAAGCACCUCUCGUACCCGUUCUCCAGAGAAAAGCAGCAUCUGUUUGAUUUAUCCGACAAAGAUUCCUUUUUUGACAGUAAAACAAGAGGCUCAAUAGUAUGUGAAGUUUUGAAGCGAACCAAGUGCACAAAAGCCAAAUUCAGCAUGGGAAUCACCAGCCUGUUGGGCAGCGGCGUUUAUCUGGCUGCGUAUCCACUGCAUGAUGGUGAUGUUGAAGGGGAGAACGCUGAGCCUAAUGACCGAAAGCUGCUGUAUGAAGAGUGGGCGAGCUACAGCGUCUUCUACAAGUACCAGCCCAUCGGCUUGAUCCGGAAGUACUUUGGGGAGAAGAUCGGCCUCUACUUUGCUUGGCUUGGGGUUUAUACCCAGAUGCUGAUCCCUGCUUCCUUAGUGGGCGUCAUUGUCUUCCUCUAUGGAUGCGUUACUGUUGAUGACGACAUUCCCAGUAUGGAGAUCUGUGACCAGCGGAGGAACAUCACCAUGUGUCCGCUGUGUGACCGCGUGUGCAGCUACUGGAACCAGAGCACGGCGUGUGGGACGGCCCGCGCCAGCCACCUGUUCGACAACCCCGCCACCGUCUUCUUCUCCAUCUUCAUGGCACUAUGGGCGGCGUUCUUCAUGGAGCACUGGAAGAGGAGACAGAUGCGGCUCAACUAUGAGUGGGAUCUCACAGGCUUCGAGGACGAGGAGGAAGCACUGAAGGAUCACCCGCGAGCCGAAUAUGAAUUCAGAGUCAUGCAGAAAUCUCUGAGGACAGACCACAAAUCCCAGAAGCCAGAGAAAGAGAAGCUGACAUGUAAAGACCGAUUCCCUGCGUACAUGACAAACCUCAUCAUGAUGCUUUUAAUGAUCGGUGUGACGUUUGCUAUUGUGUUCGGGGUGAUUUUAUACCGGAUCUCCACCAAAGCCGCUCUCGCCAUGAGCUCGAACCCCAUGACCCGCUCCAACGUCAGGCUGACGGUUAAAACCACCGCGGCCAUCAUCAACCUGGUGGUGAUCCUCAUCCUGGACGAAGUGUACGGGGCCGUGGCGCGCUGGCUCACUGUCCUCGAGGUUCCUAAAACAGACAAGAGCUUUGAAGAAAGGUUGAUCUUCAAAACCUUCAUCCUGAAGUUUGUGAAUGCGUUCACUCCCAUCAUAUACAUCGCAUUUUUCAGAGGCAGGCUCGGUGGGCGUCCAGGCAGUUAUCUCUACGUGUUCGAGUCCUAUCGCAUGGAGGAGUGCGCUCACGGCGGAUGCCUCAUGGAGCUCUGCAUUCAGCUCAGCAUCACAAUGCUCGGGAAACAGCUCAUCCAGAACAACCUGUUUGAGAUCGGCGUCCCUAAACUGAAGAAGCUGAUCAGAUACAUUAAAUCCAAGAGACGCUCUUUCCAGGAAGAGGAAUAUGAGAAGAAGCUACAGCGCUAUGAGACGGAUCAUUUCCUGGAGCCCUUCGCUGGCCUCACGCCCGAGUACAUGGAAAUGAUAAUCCAGUUUGGCUUUGUGACUCUGUUUGUGGCAUCUUUCCCGCUGGCGCCUCUAUUUGCCCUCCUCAACAACAUCAUUGAAAUACGUCUGGAUGCCAAGAAGUUUGUGGCAGAACUCAGAAGACCAGAUGCAGCCAGAAGCAAAGACAUCGGAAUCUGGUAUAAUAUCCUCAGAGGAGUCGCGAAAGUGGCAGUUAUUGUCAAUGCAUUUGUGAUCUCCAUCACGUCAGACUUCAUUCCCAGGCUGGUCUAUCAGUACAUGUACAGCCCAGACGGCUCGAUGCACGGCUUUGUCAACCACACGUUGUCUUACUUUAAUGUCAGUCACUUCCAGAACGGCACCGCCCCAUUGGAGCCGUUCCACCUGGGCUUCCGUGUGGAGAUCUGCAGGUAUAAAGACUACAGAGAGCCUCCGUGGUCCCAGACGCCGUAUGAGAUCUCCAAGGAGUUCUGGGCUGUGUUGGCCGCCAGAUUAGCGUUUGUCAUCGUCUUUCAGAACGUGGUGAUGUUGAUGAGCGAUGUUGUGGACUGGAUAAUCCCAGAUAUUCCCAAAGACAUCAGUUUACAGAUCCAUAAGGAGAAGAUCCUCAUGAUGGAUCUGUUCAUGAAGGAGGAGCAGGGAAAGACACGGACCGAGGACAGCGUGACGAGCGAGGAGAUGCGUCACGGUCCUCUAACGCGCUCGCGCUCCAUAUCGCACACACCCUGCCCGACCUACUGACGUCAGCAGCCUCAGAGUUCCUGUCCUUACAUUCCCCUGACGAAGACGUGCCGCUAGGUCUAAAGUAAAGCCUCUCGCCAGUGCACACUGCCUUUGCCUUCAUAUUGUACAGUUCUUCACACUGAUGAAUGUGCUCAACGCUUAUUUUUUAUCACUUUCAUUUCCCUUAGUUGUUCUCUUUCAAAAGAUGUGCUACAGCCACCAAGAACUUUACAAAUGACGAAAUCCAGCUAACAAAAUAUGUCCUAAGAACGUUUUGCUAACGUUCCCAUUAGGCUAUGAAAACGUUAUUUGGUAUGUUCUCUCAACACUCUAAACGUACAGUUUUUUUAUGUUUCUAAAACGUUUUUCUUGGUUACGUGAAUGUUAAGGAAAUACUCCAUCGUAUCAUUCUGCAAACAUUAUGGCGACGUUACUUUUGAAAGUUCUCAAGAAACAUUUCAAAAACGUUAGACUAAUGUCCAUCUAAAACGUUUUUGUGCGAAUGCUUUAAGAACGUUAUUAAAGACCAGAUAACUUUGAAUGAACGUUCUAUUACCGUUACUGAAAGAACGGUUGUUCAUAACUUUGAAAGAAGUUGCCCCGACAUAAGACAAAGUUCUGAGAACGUUCCCUGUUGGCUAGGAAAGCGCCUGAAACAUAUUCUACGCAAGUAUGAGAACAAAAACAUUUCUGGAUACGUGAGUUUGAGUUCAUGCUCAUUCAUAAUGCAGCCGGUUCUCAGCGUCAAGCAGUUUACCUGCCUGUAAUGUUGGAGUAGCCUAACCUAUUAUAACUCGAUCACCCCUUUGAGUACCAUAGGCUUUUAUUGCCAUAGAUUGAUAGCAAGAUAAAAUGUUACAGCGUGUACGGUACGAAACCAAAACCCUUGCAAUGCGUUGGUCAAGCAUUCACGUUUACAUACCCGAGUAUGUUUCUAGCCUAUGAGUAAUCUAUACAAACUAUCACAUUAAAACAAAUUGAACUGUGUUUAUACAAUGAUAAAAUGCUCUUAGGGAUUAAAAUCCUGAACUGAAUUACUUUACUAUUUUGACCAUAAAAAGGGCUGCUAGAUGUUUUUAUUGAAACGUAAUAUUUAAUAUGGUUUAUUUCAACCCUUAAGGUUCUGGUUGUUUUGUUUGCAGUUUUAUGUGACUGAAAAUAUCUCCCAUCCUUAGUUUAUAACAAAGCCUAAAUAUGGGAGAAAUGGAAAGGAUCUUUAGACAAGGACCUAUAGGAACUUGAUUCAUUUAAUGAACAUUUCAAUUAAUAGAACAGAGGCCACGAUGCAAUUAGAUCCUAGUCUGAUCCUUAUAAGUUUAAAUUAAAAUUAUUUAUAUUAGUUUUUAGAAUUUUGAAACGUUCAAGCUUCUUUUAAGUGGACGGCCUUUGGUGAAUCUUCUGUAUGUGAGCCUGUAAUUCUUUUAAUCUAAUGUACCUGAUAUUUCAUGUUUUCACAUUCAUUGUACGAUGGUAUUUUACCGUUAAGUCUUUUGUACAUUUGACGCUUUUCAUAUUUAAUGGUGCUUGAUAGGAUAUUCAUUAUCUGUGCAUUGAGCAAGCAUUAACUUUGCGGAACAUUAGUCACAUUUUGUUCAUAGAGUGUAACAGACUUGAAAACCACAAAUUCCAUGAUAAGUACAGUAAUGUUUAGCUUUUAUACAGAAUCAUUAAAAAACCAACAAAAAACACAAAGACUGUUAGAUUUCUAAAGCAUCUGUAUACUGUCCUGAGAUUUAUGGGGUUGAUCGAAAGUUACUUUUUGCACCAUAUGGAUUGUAAAAGCAAACUCAGCUUAGCCUCACAAAGAACCAUAUAAAGACACAAACAAACUCUCAAACUCCAAAGAUAAACCAUUUCUGUGCUGUUAUAUUUUUAUGGUCCUAAAUAUCAAGCAGAACAAUCAUAUUGUUGUUGUUUUUUUUAAAGUAUGAUGUUUACUAUUUACUGCCUUACAUGUCUACUAAAUGAAUGCAUAUACAUGCUAUCUUCAGUUUUCUUGCCUUGAACCAGAAACACAAUGUUCUAUAGUGAUUUGUGUUGCUGUGUACUGUAAUGUAACACUAAACAGAAAUAAAGUCUACUUCAGUUGUCAA